GUUCUAACAGUGCUUGCUCGAAACAUCCAAACCGAAUUCGUUGUUUGUCUUUGUUCGUGUGCCUUUGGGCAGCUUUCCCUCGUUCGAACAUGUACCCUCACUCAUUCUUGGGUCUCUUGACUUCGUACCUUUCGUUCUGCUCUAUUGCCCAUGCGAUCCCAACCGAACGACGCCAGGCCAACGACACCUCUGCUGACGUCCAGACAUACUUCAAUCUAGAUGGCUCAGCGCACGGCGACAAGGUCAAGUCUCUCAUUGCCGAUGGCUAUCGCAUGAUAUCCUUGAGCAACUAUGGCACGGCGUUGGAUGCAAAGUAUGCUGCUGUCUGGGUACGGCGGGAUGGAAAGCCGUUUGAAGUCAUCUACGGCGCAGACGAGGCGACUUACGACGACUGGUUCGACUUGUGGAAGUCCAAAGGCUAUGUUCCGACGCACAUCUCCGUCACGGGACCGGCUGGCAGCGCCAUCUACGCGGGUGUCAUGGAGAAGGCAGAUGUCACCAAAUGGACACAGCUUUGCGGUCUUACCAAUCCCUACGCGUUUGACAAUGCGACCAAUGGUAUCGACAUGGUUGUGAAGGGCUUCAGCAUGUACGGCUCCCCUUCGGACCGCCUCUAUUGCGUGUUGGGCCACGAAAAUAUUGGGAAUCAGAUGUCUACCAUCUUUUACUCCUCUGGCAACUACACCAUCGACUAUCCCAAGAUCUUUGAGUCCGAGACGGCGAAGCGCUUCUGGAGGCCUUCUCGCCUCUUUCGCUCAGAUGAUCACGUUGUCACUCCCCAGUUCGUGGACACCUCUGUUGGGAAAUGGGUGGCAAUGAAUGAUCUCACGGCUGAAGAGCUGUCUUCUCAGAUUGGCUUCCAGAAGCAGCAGGGCUUACACCCGAUUGACCUCCAGGGGGGUGGCUCUGGACAGGAUAUCCGCUUCGCCGUCAUCUUCGCAGAAAGCGACGUUCCCGAGACCCGAGAAUGGACCGCCACCGGCUCCUUCACCGGCUUCAAGGAUAACGCGGGUGCCACAACGGCCUUUGAUGCCGCCAUGCAGACUUGGAUGAGGAAGAACGGCGUCCGCCAGGCCCAACUCGCCAUCGCAUCCAACGGUUCGACCAUUGCUGAACGCGGGUAUACCUGGGCGGAGAGCAACCGCCCCAUCGUUGAGACGGACGACGUCUUCCUCCUCGCCAGUGUGAGCAAGAUCUUUGUCCACGCGGCCAUCUUUAACCUCAUCGAGGCUGGGAAGCUCAACUACUCCACGGCUGCAUACCCUUUACUCGGAUACAACGAGCCCGUAGACGCCCGCGCAAAGGACAUCACCAUCGACCACCUCCUCGCGCACACGUCCGGGUACAACCGCGAUAGGUCCGGCGACCCGAGUUUCUUGUUCCGCGAGAUCGCCAUUGACAUGUUCAACGGCACCCGCGCCGCAACGCUACGGGACGUCAUCGAGUACCAGGUCGCCCGCCCGCUCGACUUCGCCCCCGGCACCGACUACGCCUACUCCAACUACGGCACCAUGCUCCUGAGCUACAUCGUCAGCAACAUCACAGCGAUGCCCUACCUCGACUUCUUGAAGGCCAAUAUCCUCGGCGACCUGGACGUGCGUCAGUACGAGACGGCAGCGGCGGAGCACGCCGGGGACCGCAUCGUCCAGGAGAGCAAGUACACGGGCUACGACCCGCGCGAACCACAGGCGUACCGACUCGUGCCGGGCCCGUACGGCGGCGAUGGGGCUAUCAAGGAGGAGUGCGCGGGGGCGUUCUCGCUUGCGGCAAGUGCGGGAACGGUGGCGAGGUUCAUCGGCUCACACGCGGUCAGCGGGACCGGCGGUCGGGCGCCGUUUGCGGAGCGGGACGGGACGGUGGUUGGGGCGAGGACUUUUGCGUCAAGUAGGCCUGAUCUUGACUGGGCUUUGACGAUUAAUACGCGGGAGUACAUCUCUGAGGCGGAGUUUGACGAUUUGAGGUAUUGGAAAAUACCUUUUGUAUUUGAGGACUUCGCGGUGGCGUAGAGGACGAUGAAGAU